AUGUCUUCUAACUUUAAUUAUGCUUCCACUAAUGGCUUAAAUCCUUAUUAUGUAACUGGUUUUACUGACGGGGAAGGAUGUUUUUAUGUAGGUGUUAGUUCUAACCCUAGAUAUAAAAUGGCCUAUAGAGUAAAAGCUGUUUUUCAUAUUGGUGUACACAUAAGGGAUCUUGCCUUAUUAGAACAAAUUCAAUUGUUUUUUGGUGUAGGUACAAUAUCUAAAUUAGGAGCGGAAUCUGUUCAAUUUAGAGUAUCUGGUUUUGAAAACUUAAAAGUUAUUAUGGAUCAUUUUGAUAAAUACCCUUUAUUAACCAAUAAACAAUCUGACUAUCUACUUUUUAAGCAAGUAGUAAAUGAUAUGGAACAAGGAAGACAUUUAACUGUACAAGGUUUAAAUAAAAUCAUGUCAAUUAAAGCUGUUAUGAACAAUAAAGGAAUGUCAGACAGCUUAAAUCUAGCUUUCCCUGAUAUAGAGCCUAUUUUAAGACCAGAUAUUAAAGAUAGAAAUAUAAAAAGUCUACACUGGUUAGCUGGUUUCACUGAUGCUGAAGGAUGUUUCUUUAUAGCAUUAAAAAAAUCUCCAGAAUCUAAGUUAGGGGAAACUGUAUGA